AUGUGGAGACUUGAUCUUUUGGAAGUGAAGUUCCACAAUUGCCCUGCCCGAUUUCCACAUACAAAGAAGUUGCUUAAUGCUAGAAAUAACGAAAAGCUCUUGAAAAGAUUACCUACCUCGGUCAAAGACGCAGACAACGAGAUAUUAGCACUCAAGAAAGAGUAUUUUGAUAAGAAGUACUAUGGAUCAUACAAGAAGUUGGAGAAGGAGAUCAAUAAAGUAGUCAAAACUGAAAUCUCUAAACUUAAACAAGACAAAACCAAGAAUCAGUCAACUAUCAAUUUCCUUGAAUCUGGUGAGAAUGUCAAGCUUCUCAUAACAUCCAAGUUGGUGAAAUCGUUAACAACAUCAAUAUUGAUCAACAAGGACUUGAAACUUAACCCUCCAAACUACAUAUCUGAAGAUGUUCGUGAAAUAAUUUUAGAUAAAUCAAACAUAGCCAAUCCAUCCAAAUUCUUCAUACAGUUCUGUCAGAACGACAAGAAUCUAAACAACUACUUUUCCAAUUUAUGGAAUAACAAAAGCAUUAAAAGCAUAAUAUCGGAAAUAGAAUGGUCUUUCAAAAUCGUUAGAGGGAACUUAACAACACAAGAAAAGGAUGCCCGUAGGAAGGCUACUGGAAGGGAAAUAAGCGAUGAUGAAAAGGAAGCUUCCAUCGGUGAUUCUGAAGUAAGUGAAGAUGAUGACGAUGAAGAUCAUCAUGAACAAGAAGAAGAAGACAUGGAAGAAUUGGACACUGAAGGCGUAUAUGAAAAAUUUGCCAUCUAUGACAAACUUGUAGGGGACUCAGACAAUGAAGACGAAGAGCAAGCUCCUGACUUGGAUCCAAGUAUUAAUUACAAUGAAGUCACGGACGAAGAACCUUCGGAUGAGUCGGAAGAAGAUGAAGAAUUGGAUAGUGAUUCUAGCUCCGAUGAUGGUUUCUUUGAACAAGACGAGCUGUCUAAAAAAUCAACAAAAAAGGAAAAGAAGGAUUAUAAUCUUCCUCAGUUAGCCAGUGGUUACUUCUCAGGUGGAUCGGAUGAUGAAGGUGAAGAUGUAGAUAAUGACAAGGUCGUUAAAGAUAUUACCACGCAAAGAAAAAAUAGAAGGGGUCAAAGAGCAAGGCAAAAGAUUUGGGCCCAAAAAUAUGGUAGAGAAGCUAAGCAUGUCAAAUCCGAAAUUGAAAAAGCAGCAAGUGAUAGAGAAAGAAGAAGACUCGAAUACGAAGAAAGAUGUCGGAAGAGGGAAGAGAAAAAUAAUCUUGCUCCAACAGGUUCCAAUACAGCUCCUCUCGGAGACAGAAAAGUUAGAAAUGGAGUAUCACCUGCUCCUGGCCCCCCAAGCGAUACCACUAAGAUGCAUCCAUCGUGGGAGGCAAAGAAGUUGGCAGAAGAGAAACUCAAGAAUGUCAAAUUCCAGGGUAAGAAAAUUACAUUCGAUUAA